UAAUUAUAUAAUUAUUUAUUUAUCCCUCUUCAACUUUUUUUAUUUCCUUUGUCAUAUCUUCAGUUUUUUUUUUUUUUGUUUUUUUUUUUUGUUUAAGACGAUAUACAAAUAGAAAUAAUAUAUAUAUUUAUUAAUAAAUUAAUUUGUAAUUUUAUAAACAAACCUUAAAAUAAUUUUUAUAAUUAUAAAAAUAAAUAAAUAGAUAAAUAAACAAUAACUAUAAUAGUAAAUAGGUAGAUUAUAACUAAAUAUCAGAUUUUCCUUUAGCUUUAUAAUAGAAUCAUAAUUCAUUCAAGCAACUAAAUAUUUAAUAAAAAUGUAUAACAUGAGUUUUUGGCGUAAUUUUGGAUUUCAACCAAUAUCACAUAUUGAAAGUAUUUUAGAUAGGGAUUACUUCACCUUGGAAGAUUUAUUUGACGAAGAUGAACUCCUUCAAGAAUGUAAAACUCAAAAUAAAAGAUUAAUCGAAUUCUUAAUUAAACCAGAAUCUUUAAAUGGAAUGUUCGAAUUCAUCACCAAAGAAGCCCCAGAAGAUGCCGAAAGAAAAAGAAAAGAAAAUUAUCCUUAUUUAGCAUCAGAAAUUUUAUGUAUGGACAUUCAAUCACUUAUUGAUGCAAUUUAUAAAGAUGAUACCUAUUUAGAGCAAUUAUAUGAUUAUUUAAACAAACCAAAUUUCAAUUUAGGUUUAGCAGCUUACACUAGUAAGGUUGCCAUUAACUUUUUAGGUAGAAAAACAAUUGAUACAAUGGCUUAUAUCAAAAAACAAGAAAAUAUUGUAGAAAAAUUCAUUAAACACCUAGAUAAAUCACCAGUUGUUGAAAUCUUAUUAAAGAUCAUCAGCAUUGAAGAAUAUCAAGGUGGUGCUGGUACUUUAGAAUGGUUAGACAAACAAAAUUUAAUUGGUGGUAUUAUUGAUGAAUUUGAUCCAUCAUUAGACUCUGAAUAUCACGAAAAUGCUUCAUUCAUCUUAUCUGAAAUUGUUGAAAUGACAAGAAACAUCACUGAUUCACCACUUUUAGAAAGAUUAGAAAGUGAAGAAAUGAUUAAAAAACUUUACAACUAUAUUUUACAAGAAACACCAUUAGGCACCGCUUUCCUCUAUGGUUUAACUGUAAUUAUUAGAUUAUUAAGAAGAGAUAAAGAUAAUUGCAAAAACGAGUUAGUCACUGCUCCACUCGAACAAUUAUCACCGUUAUUUAAAGAGUCAUUGGCCCAUAUUGAAGAGUUCAACAAACUUCUCAAACAAACUUCUGAUAUUAGCUUUACUACCACUACUGGUCCACUUUCACCACCAUUAGGUUUCCACAGAUUAAAAGUUAUCGAAUUCUUUGCCGAUUUAAUUAAUUCACGUUAUUUAUGUAUUGAUAAAAAAAUUAUGGAACUUGAUAUUUUAUCAACAUGCUUAGAAUUAUUCUUUAAAUAUCAAUGGAAUAACCUUCUCCACAGCCAAAUUCACCAAAUUUGUCAAAUUAUUUUAUACAGUGAAAAUGAUGAACUCAAAGUUUGUCUUCUCAAAGAUGCCAAGCUUCUCGAUAGAAUCAUUGAUGCUGACCAAGCAAAUACCAACGAAUUAAAGAACCCUAAAGGUAUUAGAUUCGGUUAUAUGGGUUUCUUAAACAGUAUUGCUCAAUCAGUAUGUGAUGUUGCUAAAAGUUCUGAUGAAAUUAGACAAAUUGUUGAUGAAAAUCCAAGAUGGGCUACUUUUGUAACAGAUUCAUUAGAACCAGUUUUAAAUCUUGAAAAUGAACCAUUAGGUGAAUUUAAACCAAGUUUAAUGACUGCCCCAGAGAGCGCUGAAGAAGAUGAUGAUCAAUUUGAAAAUGGCGAUGAUGGUUUUGAUAACUAUGAAAAUGCUUAUCAAGAUCAAAUGGACUAUAGCGACGAAGAUGACUAUGAUAACCAAAAGGUUAACACCGUCAAUUAUAUCGACGAAGAUGAUGAAGAAGAGGAUUACGAUAUACGAUUCCAACAACACCAACAACAACAACAACAUAUCGACGAAGAAGAAGAUGAAGAAGAAGAUGAACCAAUCGAACAUCAUCAAGAACAACAAAAAACAGAACCAGCUCCUUCAUCAGCAUCAACUGAAAGUGUACAAGAAUCUAAUGAUCAACAAGAAUCAACAGAACCAACAGAAUCUAAAUCUGAAGAUUUAUAAAAAUAAUAUAAAAUAAUAAUAACUUUUUUUUUUAAAACAAAAAAAAACCUCAAUUCACCUCCCCUCACCUUCACAACACACAUAUGUAAUCCUUUAUUUAAUCGUAUCAUAUAGAUUGUAUAUUCAUAAAACCAAAACGAUCUCCUAAAAAAAAAAAAAAAAACCCUUAAAAAAAAAUUAUAAUAUUAAAUUACAAUUUGGAUGUAUUUAAAAAAAACAAAAAAAAUAAAAAAAAUAAAAUAUAAUAUUAUUUAAAAAAACUU